AUGGGAGUUCUAUCAAGGGGGUUCACGGCCGCCGUAUCCCCCCUCUCUCUAAUUUUUUCAUUGUUGCAGAUAUUGGUUGUACACGGACGAUCAAUCGAGGUGGUCCAGUCUCUACGGGAAUUCGACCUGAAAAGUGGACAUUACGGAGAAGUUCUAGAUACCAUUACAGCAAAGUUUUUAGAUAAGGAUUUAGCUUGGACAAGGGAUUCGUGUCUAAAUUUACCCAUCUCUGACAAAAAGUGGGUGGUGGAUCGGAUAACUUAUAAACCGUCAGAUGCCAAUCCCGACUUCCGAUGGUUUCUCCAAUACAUCGUAGUGUUUUCUGGAUUCAAUUGCAAGACCAACUAUCACGGUGCGGCAGCGCCACCUAUCAGAAUUGAUAUUGAGAAUAUUGAAGAACCUUCAGCUGUGCCCCUGUGGCUACAAAGACAAAAUUAUCCCUACUUCGGGAUGAUUGCUGAUCCUGUAGUGGAAAAGGGGACAAUCAAAAUUAAAGAUCCGUACAAGUUACUCGGGAGGCCAAUGACGGCCGAAGAAAAGGCCGAAGCAUCUUGGGCCAAAGGACAAGGGUAUCUAGAGAAGCUUAAGUCUCAGAGCCUCAAAGAAAAAGAGAGACAGACUCGGGAGAUGUCGGAGGAAGAAAAAGAGGUUCUAGAGAUAGAGGCCCGGCGAGAGUUUUUAAAGCUAGAGCCUGUCGAAUAUGAUAUCUGGCCUGAUUAUCAAUUCUUUGGACAAGCUAGUAUCCGGUUAGUCCACGAUGACGAGCUUUUUCAUGUUACUUCUGAUGAGGAGUGGACGAAUCGGGGUGACCUUGGGGAGGAACUGGUUCCAGUAAUCACUGGAGGGGACUUUGUUGAUGAGAAUGCUAGCAAUGAGACAAAGUCGUGGUGGAACACUCCAACGUACAGAUGUGGUAAAAUGGGAAGAUUUCGUGUUGUCGUAUGGUUGGCCCAGAUUGUCAGCAUGCAUCUCGCCAAUUGCAUUGCCUCUUUCUUGGACUGGGAUGCCGCUGGCUGA